AUGUCGCCUGCCGCCGAGUCACCACACCCACUCCCCCAGCAAUUGGUUUCUAUGCCUGCACUGGACGUUCAUGAUCACUUGUGUCUUUCACCAGAGCACGCACGAAAGCCUUUCCUUCAGUCGUUAGCCGCCAUGCAUGUGCCGCACCUCCAUAGCAACCGCCGCUCAUCCCUGCAGAGUAACAAGGACUCUGGCGACGAACAGAACAAUUCGAGCCCCGAAGAUGAGACCGUUGUCGAGCCGGAACAGGGCAAUGGUAAGCGCCAACAACACCUCGCCGUGAUCGCGGAGAUGGCUCGUAUGCUAAAAAGUGCCGGUUAUCCCGUUACCAGUGCUCACCCACAUCAUCUCGCAGCUCCGUCCGGGAGCGGACUUGAGUCGAGUGACGCUGCCUACAUUUAUCCUCGAGCCCAGAUCUAUGCUGGAACGUAUUACAAAGAUGCGAUGCUGAUACGCGGGGUUACUUUUAGUUUCAUGGCGCAUCCCGAGACGCUGCUGCCGAUGCCUGAGAUCGACGACCCGCUGGAACGAUUUGUCUCGGUGGUUAGAUUCUACCUGAGUGGUUGGCACAUCAAGCCCCCAGGGGUGAAGAAGCCCCUCAACCCGAUCCUAGGAGAGACCUUCACUUGCUACUGGGAUUAUGCGGACGGCACGCGGGGUUAUUACAUUGCAGAGCAGACUUCCCAUCACCCCCCAAAAUCGAGCUACUUCUUCAUGGCGCCCGAGCACCAUAUCCGGAUAGACGGCACUCUGAAACCGCGAAGUCGGUUUUUGGGGAACUCUGCCGCCAGUAUCAUGGAAGGCGUUGCCAUUCUGCGGUUAUUGAACCGCGGUGGGGAUAAGAAGGGCGAGAAAUACAUCUUGACCCAACCAAACAUGUAUGCGCGUGGAAUCCUCUUCGGAAAGAUGAAAUAUGAGCUCGGAGACCACAGCUACAUCCGGUGUCCGGAGAACAACUUGCUCGCGGAUAUAGAGUUUAAAACCAAGGGCUAUUUUUCCGGCACGUAUAACGCCAUUGGAGGGACGAUCAAGAACGAGAAGACGGGAGAAGUCCACUACGAGAUCUCCGGUCUGUGGAAUGGGGAAAUGUAUUUGAAGAAUAGUCAUACUGGGAAGAAAGAGCUGCUUUUCAACGCCACCAACGCGAAGCAUACGCCACCUUCGACGCGGCCUCUGGAGGAGCAGUCAGAGCGGGAAUCGCAGAAGCUGUGGUAUAGCACGGUCCAGGCGCUCCAUGCCAGGAACCACGACCUGGCGACGAGCGAAAAGACCAAGAUCGAGGAUCGACAACGAGACGAGGCGACAAAACGAGCUGAUGAGGGUGUCGAAUGGCAUCCGCGGCUGUUCCGCCCGGUUCGAGGGGGUCCCGGUGGUUCGGAGGAAGGCGAGGAGGAUCUCGACUGGAUCAUCAACGCUGAGAUUGACGGGAAGAAUGCGGAGCUGGCCAAUAAGCAGAUCCUGUCUAUUGCGCCGAUCCUCCCGGGGCAACAGGUGUCGCAUCAGUUUGAUAUUCCACCGUACUCACCAUCCUCGAAAUCAAAGUCACAAGGACAGUCUGGAGGCGACAAUCUCAUCGAUUUUGGCGACGAGAAUGCGGCUCCAGCACGGAGUGGAACCACGAAUGCGGGCGGAGCUUCCCAGGAUCUGCUUGGUGGAGACGAGAGCCAAGGGCCGGGACAGAACUCGUCCGGGUUGAUGGCUCCGCUGGUACCGACGACCAGCCACACGAGUAAAAAUCCGAUGGAGAGGCUAGACUCGAAGAGCCCUGACGGGGAUAUUUUUGUAGACGCAGAAGAGAAGUGA